AUGCCUCCCAAGUCCAAGACCGUCCGUCCCGCCCAGGAGAACAUCUCCUUGGGUCCCCAGGUCCGUGAGGGCGAGCUCGUCUUCGGCGUUGCCCGUAUCUUCGCCUCCUUCAACGACACCUUCGUCCACGUCACCGAUCUUUCCGGCCGUGAGACCAUCUGCCGUGUCACUGGUGGUAUGAAGGUCAAGGCCGACCGUGACGAGUCCUCCCCCUACGCCGCCAUGUUGGCUGCUCAGGACGUCGCUACCCGCUGCAAGGAGCUCGGCAUCACUGCCCUCCACAUCAAGAUCCGUGCCACCGGUGGUAACGGCACCAAGACCCCCGGUCCCGGUGCCCAGUCUGCUCUCCGUGCCCUGGCCCGUUCCGGCAUGAAGAUCGGCCGCAUUGAGGACGUCACCCCCACGCCCUCCGACUCUACCCGCAGAAAGGGUGGUCGCCGCGGUCGUCGUCUCUGA